UCAGAAAUCAUUCGCGGUAAAGCGUCGAAGCGACUCACUUCCUGCUCAACCAAGUUGAGCGGAUCAGAGUGGAACUAUGAAGAGUCGCGUCCAGUGAGCAGCUCUCCGCCAGCCCGUCAUGACGUCUCCGCGGUAGCUGCUCUUCUCUGCUCCGCUCAGUUCUAAAGUGAAGCCCCCCGCCGCGGGUGAGCCCGGCGUCAUGCCCGAGGGUUCCAAGAUGAAGAAGCCGGACGUGAAGGUGGUGCUCCUGGGGGACAUGAACGUCGGCAAGUCGUCGCUGCUCCACCGCUACACGGAGAGGAAGUUUAAAGACACGAUAAGCACCGUCGGCGGAGCCUUUUACCUCAAACAGUGGGGCCCGUACAACGUCUCCAUAUGGGACACUGCCGGUCGGGAGCAGUUCCACGGUCUGGGCUCGUUGUACUGUCGCGGCGCGGCAGCGGUCAUCCUCACCUACGACGUGACCAACUGGCAGAGCCUGGCGGAGCUGGAGGAGCGCUUCCUGUCGCUGACCGACACGGCCAACCACGACUGCAUCUACGCCCUGGUGGGCAACAAGGCCGACCUGACCGACGCCAGCGCCCAGCUGCCCCCGGAGGGCGACGCCGGCUCCAGGACUGAGUGCGAGGACGAGGAGGUGCUGUCCGCCUGCCCGACCCCCCCGGCCUCGCCCGCCUCCCUCACAGGCGUCAAGCUCCACAAGCAGGUGACCCGCGAGGACGCGCUGGCGCUGUACGGCCGGAUCCUGCGCUACAAAGGUUUGGACGAGAAGAACAGCGUCCCCGCAGAGAAGGUGUGCUUCGAGACCAGCGCCAAGACCGGCUACAACGUGGACUCUUUGUUCGAGACCCUGUUUGACCUGGUGCUGCCCUCCAUGCUGAGGAAGAGACACGAGAACAAGGAGUCCCCCACGGUGGACCUGGAGGACUACAGAGGGACCCACAAGCGGUCCCGCUCCGCCUGCUGCUAGCUGCUAGCCAGCGCACUUUUUACCCAAGGUACUUUUAACGUUUCCAGAAUCACGACGUUCCCCUCACCACACUGAGCUGUCACGCUAUCCCCAACGUGGAUCACUGCCUUCGUCUUGGAGGCCCUCACAACUGCACCGGUCGUUGGGCGGCACCUUACACUGUCAAUCGUCCUUUAGUCACUUUGAUGCCUUACUGUUGUGUGAUCUUAACCUUUUAGUGCCUCCACGAGUGUCGACAACACUGACUGAAUUUUUAACUUCAUUGUCGCAAUAAAGACUUUAUUUUGCAGUCGGCCUCGGAAUGAAAACCCAAGGCGCAGGGUUGUUUAUGUCAAACACUUAACCCACUUAGAGAUUUGCCUCACCACAACCAGAACUUUGAUCCGGAUGCUGACACGUGAGGCGGUCGGUUUAAUCAUUUAAAAAAAGUCUGAUGUGUGUGUGUGAAAGGCAGGUUCCUUACCGGGGUUGAAACCUGGUUCUCAGAGUCGUGUCGAGGGUGUACCGUGUAAAACUCUGACCACCAAAUGUUUAUGGAUAAACUACUGAACCUACUUUACCAGUUUGGGUCAAACUGAAAUGAAAAAUUGCAUAGAUUAGAAUUUCAAAUGCAGAAAAAGGGAAAAAUAUUUUAACUGUACAUGACAACAAGUUUUCCUGUUUAAUUUUUUUACCUUACAUUUCUUUUAAAUCCUAUUCAAUCAAAACAUAUUGAUAUACUAAAUAUUUUAUAAACAUAAAAAACAAUUUAAAUAAUAAAAACAAUUUAAAUAUUUUUUAUAAAAGUGGGUAUUUGAGGGUGAACAACUGAACUGGAGCCUACAACUUGCAAAAUAGCUGAAAAAUAUUGAUCUUUUUCAGUCCAUUUUGGACCUUUUUGUGAGCAUUUUAAAUAUGAUAUGAUGCGAUGCUUAAGCUAAAAAACACCCAUAUUUGGGGGAGAAUUUUUUGAAGGCAUUUAUUUUUCUUUCUUCUUUACAUAACAAAACAAAACAGAGGCAUACACUGUAUUUACAGUAUUUGGUGGUGAGAAGCUAUAGAGAAGAUUAUGCCAUCCACGAAUGUUAGGUUGAUAAAACACCUGACCCAAAGGAGAAAAUACAUCUGUAGUUUUUGCUGCUAUUUUUAUUGAAAAAAAAUAUGAGGAAGAUUUUUUAAAUAAAAUUGAGUAAUGAUACUGAAACUGAAAUGUAAAGGUCCUUCAAAGAGCAGAGAGGAAGCUAUGCAGAGCUUUUUGAAAAACCUUUUUUUCCCUCAAAACGCAUGUUAUUUCACAGUGUCCUGCAGAUCUGUGAAGUGAAAUUCCAAAGUACUGCAACAGAAGAUAAUACAAAGUGACGAAAUCAUCCAGAAACAUGAGUGUGGGUCAGUUAGGACUAAAGAUAAGUUGUUGUACUUUACAGUGAAAUAAAUCUAGAGAGGUUUUAUGCAAAAAAAAAAAAAAAAUGGCCGCCCCCAUUUUUGAUACACACUGUCGCACAUUCAUCCGGUUAUAAAUACAAUAAAUCAGUGCAUCUGAGUGGAACACAAACUGGAGUAGAGACGACGAAGUGUGAGUGGUUAACGUGUAGCGAGAGCGCGUCACUGUCCGUCAUAGCACCAUUGAACCCCGAACCCGUCCCCAUUAGAGUCUAUGGUGGGCCACUGCCACCUGUCACAGGUUCUUCAUGCAGACCUGGCAGCGGCUGAUGCGGGUCAGCAGCUGACCGGCUUUGAGUGUCUCUGCUGCCGGCUCCGCGUGGAAGGACUG